AUGGACAGCCUACUCAAAACGCUGGGCCUGCGAGGUUCAGAGCUCAAACCACUUCAACUAAUCAAGAAAAUCUCGAGCGUUGGAUGCAAAUCGACAUCGGGUAGUAAUGCGACGAGUACGACGGCCGGCACGGUAACCCAAAGGAAAGGAAAAAAAUCUCAGGAGAUUAAAGAGCCUUUGGACUUCCACUCGGAUUAUGAAAAGUCGCAGACGGCCGAAAAAGGUCAACCGAUAGGCACCCCGGCUUCGUCCUCGGAAACUCUACCCCAUGAGGAGGACAUCCGAUCCGACAAAGUGUCCUCGGAAGAUGAGUUGGCUAUGAUCCCGCUAACGGACGAUACUGAAUCUCCGAUCAUCACGGUGAGGUCUUUACUGGUUGGAUUCCUCGUCGCAAUCUUAGGAGCCGCGGUUACUCAGCUUUUCUUAUUCAAACCUGUCCACAUGCGUCUUCAACCUGCUUUCCUCCAAAUCACUGCGAUGCUUUUGGGACGUGCAGCCGCGUUGAUACCCGGGCCGAAGUGGUGGAAUCCAGGAUCAUUCAGUAUGAAGGAAACCGUGUUCUCUUCACUGAUAGCAACUUCGGCUAGUGUCGGCGCAUACGCUAUUGAAUUGCUUGCAGCACAAGAGUUGUUCUUCGAUCAAGUGACCAGCUUUGGAAUGUCAUUUGGAAUUCUGUUGAGCUCUCAGUUAAUUGGGUACGGCUGGGCAGGAUUACUACAGCCAAUUUUAGUCUAUCCAACUCAAGUGUUUUAUCCAGAGAUCCUUCCAUCCGUUUCGCUGUUUUAUUCACUCUGUGGUGAUGGCCCAGUUGCCAAGGACCAAAUCAAAUUCUUCAAGCGGGCAUUCUUAGCCAUGGGAAUCUAUGAAAUCUUUCCAGCUUACAUUGCCCCAGCAUUCCAAGCAAUCAGUGUAUUUUGUCUGACGCUGCCUAAGCAUCAGUUGAUCACCAAUAUCUUUGGUGGUGCUCAACCAUUCGAAGGCUUAGGAUUCCUCAACAUCUCCGGGGAUUGGGCUCUCGUUGGCGCCCAUGGUCCACUCUAUACUCCACUAACUGCACAGGUCCAUCACAUCGUUGGAGUUCUGCUUUCCUUGUUUAUUUUAUCGUUUGUUUAUACUAAUUCUUGGUAUGAUGCCGGCAUCAAACAAAGCUUUCCGUUCAUGUCUGUCUCCUUACUCUCAUCGAAUGGGACGACCUAUCCAAUCAAGACCGUCAUCAAUGAAAACGGCUCACCAAAUGAAGAUGUCAUCCAAGAGAUCGGCAUCCCAUUCUUCACCUCGACCUAUGUCGUCGUUCAGAUCAUCGCCUCAUUAGCCAUGACCUCCGCUAUCACUCAUGUGCUUCUAGAGAAUUAUCCACUGAUCCUUGGAAUCUUCAAGAAAAACCAGGAAAAAGUUCCGGUCGAUCCUCACAGACUCGUAUGCCAGAAAUAUAAGGACUUUCCAAAGUGGGCAUUUGGCUUGAUUUUGAUUUCAUCGAUUGCAUUGGCCAUAGGUCUCUCAUCCUUGAGUGGUUCUGGACUUCCACCACUUGGGAUGGUCUUUGCAAUAUUCUUAUCGAGUAUCUUGACGUUGGCGGUAGGAUUUUUAAAUGCGAUCACUGGUUUCCAUUUACAUGUAUCAGGAGUAGUCCAGAUGUUUGGAGGACUACUAUUCCCUGGGAACGCCUUUGGGAACAUGUGGUUUACGACCUAUGGUGCCUCGACGGUCAAUCAAUCGAUGAACAUGCUCAAGGAUCUCAAACUUGGCCAAUACAUGCAUCUUCCUCAGACCUUUGUCGUGCUUGCACAGAUGAUCGGUACUAUUAUCGGAAUCUUCGUCAACUAUGGGGUCAUGAAGACUAUCAUCCAUAGUCAGCGUGAAAUCCUUCUAACCUCUGGAGGAGAUGGUGUCUUCUCUGGUGUUGCGAUCACCUCUUUUCAGUCAUCAGCUGUCAGCUGGGGAGCUUUUGCCAAAAGGAUGUUCCUUGCAGACGAAAAAUACGGAGCUAUUCCAUUGGCAUUGGUCGUCGGUCUCUUCCUUCCGAUCCCAUUCUUCGUCUUACAUCGAUUCUGGCCCCGAUAUAACCUUAACUUGAUCAAUAUACCCCUUCUGGCGGGUUCAAUAGCCUCAGGAUAUUCAGUUGCUACGGCUGGCAGGUUUUUGAAUAUUCUUAUCGGACUGCUUUCUCAGUUUUGGGCUAGAAGAUAUAGACCUCGAUGGUUCAUGAAGUAUAAUUACGUGCUCUCGGCUGCCUUGGAUGGUGGUGCUCAAAUCAUGAUGUUAUUUCUUUCGAUGGUUUUCCAAGGAGGGGAUGGAAGAAAGGUGCCAUUUCCAAUAUAUUUCCUUAAUCCAGAUCCAUCGGGUCCCAAGGAUUACUGUUAUAUGGCCCCUAAAGUCCCGCUUGCUGAAUAG